CUAUUUUAUUCCUGAACCAUACAAAUAUCAAGUGUAGUUGGUGGAAUAGAAUCAAGUUGUUCGACUCCACAACGCCAUUUGGAGCCGACCCAACACCAUGUCCCACAAGACUCCGCCGCCUGCGCCGACUUCGCCUGCUCGCAAAGCUGGAUCCCCCAUCAAGGACGGGGCUCAGUGGACACCUGCGACACCACCAUUGUCACCUGCCAAGUCUCCUGCAAAGUUGGUGGCUGCGGCCCCGCCAUCCCCACGACACCGUCCAACCCAAACCUUUGAAUCGCUGUACACACUUGGUCGGCAAUUGGGCGAAGGAAACUUUUCGAUCGUGAAGGAAUGCACGCUGAAAGCGACGGGCGAGACCUUUGCCGUCAAGUGCAUCAAGAAGGCGUCGCUGAAGAAGAAGGACUUGGCCAACAUCCACCGCGAAAUGGACAUUCUGUUCAAGCUCGAGCACCCGAACAUUGUCAAGCUCGUCGAUGUGUUCGACAACGAGGCGGGAGACAUGUGCUACCUCGUCAUGGAGCUCGUUACAGGCGGUGAACUCUUUGAUCGGAUCAUUGCAAAGGACCACUACACAGAAAACGAGGCCAAGGUGGUUGUUCGCACCGUCGCCAACGUCCUCGUGUACUGCCACGCACAAGGCAUUGCCCACCGCGACCUCAAGCCCGAAAACCUUUUGUACGCCACGACCGCCGCCGACGCCGCCAUCAAAAUCGCCGACUUUGGUUUCGCCAUCAUUGCGUCCGAAGGCGUCGUCAUGCAAACGAUGUGUGGAACCCCGGGGUACUUUGCGCCAGAGGUCAUUGCGCACCGCCCCUACGAGCAAAAGUGUGACAUUUGGAGCUUGGGCGUGAUCACGUACAUUUUGCUAUGCGGGUUCCCUCCGUUUUAUGACGAGAGCUCCGUCCAAGAGAUGGAAAAGAUUCGACGGGCCGAGUACGACUUUCCGUCGCCAUACUUCAACGACAUUUCGGACCUCGCCAAAGACUUCAUCCGCAAGAUGCUCGUCGUGGACGUUGAGUCCCGCCUGAGCGCCGACGACGUCCUCGCGCACCCGUGGCUCGUGGAUGCGACGGCCAACCCAACGCAAGCUGAACUCGACGCGAUGCCGCAAUUGCGCCACGUCGGGACCAACCUUCAAAACCCAGGCGCGAUUCGAGCAAAGUUCAAGCGCGGAAUCAACGCCGUCAUGGCCCUCAACAAAACAGGCCGCCUCGUCGCGUCUAAGAAAGGAAAGGUCUAAAAGCGCUGCUCACAACAAGUUUCAUCGUCCAGUGCAGCACCGACGUUGGCAUAUCCCGGCGUCAGGGCGGCCCUGCUAUUUGAACGGAGGGAUGACGGGGCCUUUGGCGCUCCCCGGUCAAGCUCGCGUGUAGUUUAUCGGAAUGCAGCGCCGUCCCCCUCCUUCGUUACCAUGCUAGUGUGGUUCACUGUGUCUGUGUGGCCGUC